UCUAUAAGUUUCUAGUCAUACGCAGGAGGUUCAAACUUGCGGAUAGCGUCCAAUCAGCUUGGCUGCAGAAUCCGAAUGUGAGCAGGAUACCGCACCGCAAUGAUAGUCUGGCAAUUUCGAUAAUCCUCAGCAAAUCUCGCCGAAAUUGAUUGCGUCGAACUGUCUAUAGAGAAGGGACGCGAUAGAGAAGGGACGCGUACAAAUUCAGGGCAACCAGGUCUAGAACAGUCGGAGAGGCUUGGGUUUGCCUGGAUGACCCGUUCCUGGUCUGAGUGUGGCUCGAAAUCUAAAUAUCUGAGCUCUACUGGGUUGUGCAAAGGAAGCGGAGAUAAUGCCGCUUAUGAUGAAGGCGCCUCGAAACAGCUCCCCGACAGCCUCCAAUGUGUCCCAGAUGAAUACGGAUCAUCCGGAUAUCGGAAUCCUUGCUAGCGGCAGUUCCAGAAGUAUCCUCGGCCGCCCUAAGUACUCUACGCAUGUCUCCUCUCAGGCACAAAUGGCUGAUGUCGCAGGCGCAAGUGGGCCGAGGUCAAUACCUUCUGAUCCUAUGCCCCUUGUUCCUCAUGUCCACAUACCUUCACAGAUCCAAUCUUUUCAGAUGUCUAUGCUUGGAAGCAGUGCCUCUCUAGGCGAAGAAUCGACUGACAGCGAUUCUCUGACACAGCAUGGGCCUGGAAUCUCUCAUUCGUCAAUGCAUACCUCGUCCAAGCAAGCGUUACGAUUGUCGUUACAUAUUCAAGAUGGUUCAAUGCCAAGAUCACCCGCAAUCUCUCAGACUAAUAUUACCGGCCGUACAUCAUUUAAUCACUCGCGAGAGAAUGGUAGCACUUUGGAUACGACGUCACCAGUCUCAAGAUCAUCGUUAGAUUUCGUUUUUCGAUCUAAAACUCGGAGUAGUAUGGACCCCCUCGCUCGAGCAGCUACAGUACAAGCAGCACGUCAAGCUUUUGAAGAAAAGGAGGCGGCUAAGACCUGGCGAAUUGAGGCCCAACAAAUGAAAGCCGAGAAAAAACAGACUCGGCAAAAGGAACGACACAGGUCAACUGGAAUUGACCAGGUGGAUGUGGAAAUUACGAAUAACGAGAAGCCUGCGCCUGACACAUUGCAGCCUUCAGAUUCGCCAGGAUCACACCCAACUGGCUGGAAAUCCCAGUCGAAGAACACGUGGGUGCUUUUUUUGACAUGGCUGCGCACCAGGGUUUUUAAGCUGCGGAGAAGGAUCAAGAGAAUAAUCUGACGCUAGAGAAUUCGAGCUCGCUGGACUUGCCUUGUCAAUUUGUCUUCUUUACAUGCAUUCGGGUGUCAUAACUAGAGGUAUUCGUAUCAAUUGUGACGCCCUUAAAAACGUGAUUUCCAACUUAGUUAUGCAAGGAACAGUUACUCAUCGGGACAGGAUGAUUCUACAAUAAACCUGGAACAUCGUGGAACAUUGUGGAACAGCUGCUUUAAAAUUGC